GAGCUGCAUUGCAUUUGCACCGGCCAUCAUUCGCAUGGAUCCGGCGGCGGAGAAGAAGAGGGUGUGCGUGACCGGAGCCGGAGGCUUCAUCGCCUCCUGGCUGGUGAAGCUGCUGCUCUCCAAGGGAUACAUCGUCCACGGCACCGUUCAAGACCCGAGCGAUCCCAAGAAUGCCCAUCUAAAAGAACUGCACCCCGCAGCCACAGAGAACCUUCAGUUGUUUAAGGCCGAUUUGCUCGACUACGAGUCGGUUGCCUCUGCGAUUGCAGGAUGUGAAGGGGUGUUCCAUGUUGCCAGCCCUGUCCCUUAUGGCAGAACAGAGAUCAUUGAGCCUGCUGUUACAGGCACUUUGAAUGUUCUCAAGGCAUGCUCUGAAGCAAAAGUAAAGCGAGUAGUAGUGGUUUCAUCAUAUUUUGCAGUCGGGUUGAGUCCAGAUGCAAACGAUAAGAUCUUGGACGAGGGCGCAUGGUCCGAUGCUGAAUAUUGCCGGAAAACUGAGAAUUGGUACGGACUUUCAAAAACACUGGCAGAGCGUGAGGCAGUGAACUAUGCCGAGAAGCAUGGACUUGAUGUUGUGACUGUUUGUCCAGUUUAUGUUAUCGGACCGUUGCUACAACCCACUGUGAAUCCUAGCAGUUUGUUUUUUAUCCAUAUUCUGAAAGGUACAUUCAGCUGCUUGGAAGACACAUCAUACUAUUAUGUAGAUGUUCGGGACGUAGCUGAUGCACUAUUUCUGAUCUAUGAGAAACCAGAAGCGUCAGGGCGAUAUCUCUGUGGACCUUACAAAAUGAAACUCUCUGAAUUGGUACAUAAGCUGAGGAGCUUAUACCCAAACUACAAAUAUCUUGAAAAAUUCAUAGAAGCAACGAGUUACACACUGCGUUCGGAGAAGCUGGAGAAGUUGGGGUUGAGAUAUAGAACACUGGAGGAGAGCCUCAUUGAUAGCGUUGAAUGUUAUCAAAAUGCCGGUCUUUUGGACAGUGCUUAA